AUGGAUGACCAUCGUAAUGGAGAUGAGGAUUUCAAUAGCUCCGACAUGGAGUUCGAGGAGCGACCGAACCCCUUCUGGGCCGCCGGUCUCGAGAGCAUCGAAGCCAUCAUGGAUCAAGCCCUGGAGGAUAGAGUCAGCUCUAAGAAGAUGUCCAAGACUUUAACUCACGCAGAAGGUUCGCCCAAGACAGAGUACAUCACAGCGCUCUGGAUGAACCGCUUCAAGGCUUUCCGAACACACACGCUCAAAAAGAAAGCUGAAGAAACACCGAUUGGAGCUGAAAUUGAAAGAUUCCUUGCAUCCAUGAUCACCAAGGUCAAGCCUGUUGGUAAUGAAGUUCCCAGCCUAUCUUGGAUCAGAAUGGGCUUCCGCCGUAUCCUUAUGGGCUUGCUUUUCCAGUACUCCAAGUUUACCCUCUCGGCUCAUGAGCGAGUCCGAAUCAAGUCCGCCUUCGAACAAUUCUUGAAGGACGGCUUGAUCACGCGAAAACCAAGCAGAGAGGCCCAAUGGGUUGGUGCUUUUCUGGUGAGUCGACUAGUUGGCGCAUUACUUCAGCAAGCCCUUGCUGAAGGAACUACCAAUUGGGACAAGACCAUACAAAAGGCUUUGUCCAUGGUAUUGAUCGCAGCCCUUUCAUGUCGCUGCGGAGACAUCAUGAAAACUCAGUCAGAAACCCACGAGCUGCCCUUUUUGUGCUACGAUGACAUUACCAUCAAGCUGGUGGGUGGGCACGGCUUGGAGAACUUGGUUGCUACAGUGGUCAUUCGCAAUGAAAAGACGAAGAAGUUCAAUCCGCGAAAGAAUCGAAAAGUACUUUUGCGCGUCCUCUCUGAGCGGCAACACAAUUUUCUGUGCCCCAUCAAGAUGGUGCUCGUCAAUGCGAUGAGGCUCGGCGCUGUUCAAGGAACUAUUGAACAGAUUCUUGCCCGCACUGCUGCUCGAAAUGACAAGACUAUACAAUGGGCAACUGGAAGGGGCCGCAGUCCGGUACUGUGUGGUUUCGAAACCGCCGCACAUCUUGUGAUCAUCGACAAGCCUGCCAUGGUCGACCAAGUGCGCGACACAGUGGCUCGAGCAGGUUUGCUCGCAGGAAUACUGAAGCCCAUAGUCCCACACGACAUGCGAAGAGGAGCUGCGAAGGACACUGCAAACCUCCCAAUUGACCCUACAGCACCAACAGGUCUCGCCAGCGACGUCGUUGCUGCAGAGCUGGGCCAGACAAACAUCACUUUGCAGAGGGGCGUAACCCGCGACUACGUAGGCGCUGCCACGGUCAACAACUGGUCUCGAAGAGUCAGUGCCAACAUUCAGGAUCCAUUUGGGACGGAGGUAACAGACAAUUUGUACAAAAAGCAAAGAAUCACUCGCGUUGAGUGGCUGAAGAAGUACAACGAAGCUGGUGUGGACCCAAAUGAUCGCAAGGCAACGAGACAACUGAGAGACAGUUUUCACAACCACCUCGAGAAUCAAUGGAGAUCAGGUGGAGGAGAAGGACCAAGUUCUAGGCCAGCUCUUCUCCCGCAGUCGGCAACGGACGUUAACAGCAAAGCCAACAUGCGAAAGCGCCCCAAGCCAACAAAUGAGCCAAAGGCACUUUCGGAGAGUAGCAUGCAAAGCAUUGACACCCCUGCUCACUUUCUCGGUCCAAUCACUGCAACCGAAAAUCUCCAUGCUGCGGGUGACGAUGAAGAUGAGGCAGACUUCCAGUCUCGUCUCGAUCCUCGACUUCGAUCUGCCGCACAAAACAUCACUCAACUCGUUGGAGGAGAUGUGGAGGGAGAAGAAGUGUCGAAUGAAGAGAUGGAGGAGAUUGUUUUCGAUGCAUUGGAUGCUCCUCUUCAGACGCCGUCUGUUCUCGUGGUACCCGGAAUGGAUUUUGUAUCCUUUCUCUCUCGAAUCAAUGUGGUUGCGAACAAGAGAAUUGCUUCGACCAAAUCAAAGGCUAUCCCGAAUACUUUCCGUGGGAAUGGAAAGGAUGAGCCAGUUUUGUUCCAGUAUCGCUGCCAGAAAAACAUGGGAUGCGAAUACACUUCGGAUAAUUCUUAUGCUCUUCUUGUUCAUGAAAUCAGAUGCACAGUCGAGAGAAUCGCUAAAGUCAGCAUUGAGAAGACUUUCAUCUGUCCUGUUGAAGGAUGUACCAGCAGUUUCGACAAUGCCAUAGCAUUGAAGAUGCACGAUGACAAUACGCAUCGCUGGGUACCACGAGCUUGCAAGAACAAAGACUGCGAUGCAGCCGUUUUGUAUGAUUCCUACAAUGCUUGGACGAAGCACCGGAAAGAGGCACAUCCCUCGUGGACUCCUAAGGGCUGCCCAGUGGAAGAUUGUCUCUCCUCUGUUCAGUUCAAGACGGCACAAGCACUCAAAACGCAUCUCCAAGUCAGCCAUCAAAUCACCGACAAAGAUGUGCUGAAAAGCCAUACGUAUGUGAGAACACGAAGCUACGUUCCACAGAGCUGUUCAUUCCCCAGCUGCCAACAUCCUACACAGUUCAAGGAAAAAAAGGCAUACAUUGCCCACCUGAAGAAAGUCCAUGAAGUGGAAAAGGAGGAUGCCUCGCCUUAUCUCACACUCGAGUAA